AUGCCUCACAAGAUCAUAGACCUGCUAAAAAUCACUCUGUUGACAGAUGAAUUGACACUCACCAUUGUUUUCUUGUGCGUGUUGACACUCAACGGCCCAUCCCCCCCUUCCCUCUCCAUCACCACACUGGCAGCUCAAGUCACCAAUGCUACCGAUACUGCCAAAAGACCUAAACCCACAUGCACAAAGAGGACUAGCAAACAGAAGCCAAAGAUGUGCACACCUCCGGCAGUGCCUCAGAUCAAUCGGUAUGUAUUUUUUUACUUUUCUCCAUCUCAUACUAACAUAUUCCACACCUUGCUCUUUAUGAAAGAGUAUGUGGAGGAGCAUGGGCCAACAACCCUUGCAGAGUUUACAAAGAUCUGGCUGGCCAUGGACAAGAGCACGAAACAGCUCUAUAGGUUGAAGGUUGCACAGCUCAAGCAACAGCGCAAGCGGGAUGUACUUGCCAUCAUCUCCUUGGAGCACGAUGAUGGAAUUGCAGGCAUGCCGGGCAGCAGGCCUAGUUCCUCGUGA